GAUGCAAGCCAGGAAUGGUCUGACGCCGGCCUUGGCCCUCGACCACGUCAUCCUCUUGAUCGUCCGGCGCUUGUACUUCCCGCGGGACGUCGUCGCCUUUUUAAGCGUCUUGCCAUCGCUCGAUGCGCCCCUGGCGGCGCUCCUUUGGCUCUUGACGUCGUCCUUGCCAUUCAAGAAGCGCUGGCCCAUGCCCGCCCUCGAGAAGUUGGGCCCACAGCACAUGAGCCUCGCCUUUGCCGCCCUUCCAGUGAUCCCAUCGAUCCAAAUUCGCAGCCUCGGGGCCUUUCAACGCGCACUCGGCGGUCGGUACGACAACCUCGGCGCGUUCGCUGCUGCCUGGCCGCAUGCAAUUGCGUCAAUCACGCAAGAUGUCGAUCGCAGCAACCUUGUGGUCUUUCGCAGCCUCUUCCAGCACUGCUCGCAGCUUGGUGACGUAAGCAUCGAUGCGGACUUGUUUGCUAAUGUACUCCCAUCGUUGCCGUCGAGCGUUCGCCAUGUCUCGAUCUAUCAUGACACCGCCGCCGACGAGGAUACUGGCGUUGUGUGGCGACUCGCGACGCCCUUGCAAGCGUGGCUCUCGACGGGCCGCAAGAAGAAGAGCGUGACCAUCCGCUGCGCGCUGGCGCUGGACGAUGCCGCUGCGGUCGCCAACGUACUUGCGACCGCGUCGUCGCUGUCAGCGCUCGACAUGCAGUCGUCCGAGCUCGUGGACGCACUUGUGGCCAGCGAGAGGUCGCUACCACAUCUGACGCGCUUCACGAUCUCGCAUCCGUCGGUCAACAUGGCAAUCCAACUGCUGGCGCGCCUCGACCUUGCGACGCUCACGCGUCUCGAUGUGCAGACCAUGGUGGACGACCUCGGCGAAUUGCUACCCCUGCUCUCAACGAUGCCUCGUCUCCAAGAGCUACGAUUGAGCUAUGGUCGACUGUGCAAGACUUCCUUGGCGCUGGCCAACGCCACGCCACGUCUGCGCGAGCUGACGCUAAACGGCGUUUUGGUUGCCUCAGACGACGCUCUGGAAGAGCUCUUGCAGUGGACCUGUGGCUUGCAGCAGCUGCGAUCGGUCGCGUGCGACGGCAUGCGCUUUGAUGGAACCGACUUGUCGAUCCUUCAGUCGGCUCUGAACCACUGGAUCAAUGCGUCUGGCGUCACCGACGUUUGUUUGAGCGACUGCAAGCUCGGCAGAGAAGGCGUCAAUAUGGUGGCGGCGGUCCUUGAAGCCUCGCCGAGAUCGUCGGCGUUGGAGCGUCUCGAUCUCAGGUCCAACGGCAUCGAUCUCGGCAGCGUGCGGACUCUCACUUCUGCAGCCGCCCACCUCGUGGAUACAAGAAUCAUUCUCGGCAUGCUCACCGAGACGUACGACGCUAUCACGUCUGUCGCCGAGUUGGCAUGUGGGACCCACAUCGUGCACCAGCAGGGUCGUGGCUACAUUCUCUAUUCCCCACAAACUUGA